GGCAAGCCCCCGUUGUCUCAUCACCUUCAGAACACCUGUUCUCCAUGGCGCUGUCCAGGAAGGGCCCUUUCAGUACUCCCAGCACUCCAGUCCUCGAAGACAUCCCCCAGAAUGAUGACGAGAAGGAGCGCAUGCAGCGGAGGCGCUCCAAGAUCUUUGACCUGCAGUUCAGCACAGACUCACCCCAUCUGCUAGCCUCCCCCUCCAGGAGGAAUGCUGACAUUUCAACUUCUGUUCCUAAAUUUACCAACACGCAGAUUACAGAACAUUAUUCCACCUGUAUCAAGCUGUCCACUGAAAAUAAAAUCACUACCAAGAAUGCCUUUGGCUUGCACUUGAUUGAUUUUAUGUCAGAUAUUCUUAAGCAGAAAGACGCUGAACCGACCAACUUUAAAGUGGCAGCUGGCACACUUGAUGCCAGCACCAAGAUCUAUGCUGUGCGUGUCGAUGCCGUCCAUGCUGAUGUGUACAGAGUUCUGGGGGGACUGGGCAAAGAUGCAGCGCCCCCAGAAGAAGGAGAGAGCCACGUUGCCGAUGGAAGUGCUCUGGAAGCAGAAACAGCCAAAAAGGCUUUGAAACCAAAGAAGAAGCAUUCAUAUAAAACCAUCGAGCAGAAUAUAAAUAACCUCAAUGUCUCUGAAGCAGAUCGAAAAUGUGAGAUUGAUCCCAUGUUCCAGAAGACUGCGGCCUCGUUUGAUGAGUGUAGCACCGCAGGGAUAUUUCUCUCCACCCUCCGCUGUGAAGAUUAUAGAAGUGAGCUGCUUUUCCCUUCAGAUGCCCGCACUCUGUCCGCUGGAGAACCUCGUGAAUUACCAGAUUUGGGAUGGGUAGAUAUGACAGAUUUAAAAGGCACCCUGCAGCAGUGUGCAGAAGACCGCCCCAUCUGCCCCUCGCUGGCUGGCUUCCAGUUCACUCAGUGGGACAGUGAGACACACAAUGAGUCUGUGUCAGCCCUGGUGGACAAAUUUAAGAAGACUGACCAGGUGUUCGACGCUGAUGCUGAGGUGGAGGAGAGUGACGGUGGGGACUUCCCUGAAGAGCCACUGAAUGAUGACUUCGAUGCCCACGAUGAUCCCGACCAAACCGCUUCCGGGGACCGCACUGAGUUCCGAAGCCAGGAGACACCCUGCCAUACCCAGAGCUGCCAGGAAGACAGGAUUUCCCUUGGAGAUGGAGAUAUCAGGACCAUGUGCCCCCUUCUAUCCAUGAAACCCGGAGAAUAUUCCUAUUUUAGUCCCCGUACCUUGUCCAUGUGGGCUGGCCCAGAUCACUGGCGCUUUCGACCGCGACGCAAAACGGCAGCUACCUCACAAGCAGAGAACAAAAAGAAAAAUCCGAAGAAAGAGUUUGAAAUUUGCUUUGAUGCAGAUAUUAACUUUGAUGCAUAUUUUAAAAAAACAAAGGCACCCACGGUUCUUACCAAAUCCACGCUGGAGAGACGGAACUGGAAAGCCACCACUCUCCCUGCUGAUUUCCACUACGAUGUGGAUCGCCUUGUGCAGCUAUACCUGAAGCCGGACACUCGGGUACUUAAGAUGUCCCAAGACCGGAAGACAGGAAGUGUGCAUUAUGAGGAGAUUAAAGACUAUGAUUACAACAAUCCUAAUGAUACCUCCAACUUUUGCCCCGGAUUACAGGCUGCUGACAGUGAUGACGAAGAGCCGGACAACUUAUUUGUGGGACCAACUGGGACCUUUGACUUUACCACGUGCCCUCCAUCUAAUACAGAGCAAGAGAAUGGUGAUGUGCCCAACGUCCCAUUAGACAUCACCACUUACAGGGAUUCCAAUCUGGUCGCUGAGCCUCAGAAGGUAAAUAAAAUUGAAAUUCAUUAUGCCAAAACCGCCAAAAAGAUGGACAUGAAGAAGUUGAAGCAGAACAUGUGGAGUUUUCUGACAGAGCCCUCCAAGCAAGCAGACACCGAGGCAAACCACAGUGACCCUGGAGAAGAAGGGAACGUGGUGAAGGUGCACAAGAAGAUGCUCAGUGAGCUCACCAAGGACCUUCAGAAGAGCCUGCCUCCCCUCAUGGCUCAGAACCUCUCUGUCCCCCUGGCCUUCUCCUGUCUUCUCCACUUAGCCAACGAACAGAAUCUAAAGCUGGAAGGAACUGAGGACCUUUCCGAUAUCCUGGUGAGGCGGGACAACUUGAUUUCCCAGGCAGAGCCGACCUCUGCGGGCUCAGCACUUCCACAAAGGAGCCCCCGUGCAGCAACCAUGGCGCCAUGA